AGGUUGGGAACCUGGAUGCCUGGAUUCCUUGCUGUGCUUGGAAGCUAUUUAUCAUCGUCUCCACUCAUGAGUCACUGUUCUUUCUGGCACCUGCAGGUUCCCUCCCAUCUUGUGUCCUGUGUCCCGGCCUGGGCAGAGAGCCACGUGCCUUCCCAGCUGCACAUGGCCCUAGGAUGCUGACACAGUAGGAGGAGCACGUGGGCGAUGAACCAGCCUGAAGCUCUGCAGGGUGUUGUCUCACGUCUUGUCCCCAGGGAUUAUCUAGGAGCAAGGCCUCCUCUCCUGCCAGCGUUCCCCUUCGGGGCUCUUGGCUCUGCCCUGCCGGCUUCCUUUGCCCCUUCCCCCACACCAGAGUGACUCUAAUGGCCUCCCCUCUCCCACCCUGGGUGGUCUUAAUGGACCCCCUGCCUUCUACCCUAGGAGGAAUCUUAAUGUCCCAAGGUACUGCCCUGGGUGACCUUAGCUCUGCCCUUCUAGCAGAAGUAAGGCCGCAGUCCUUCUCCCCCGCACAGCCAUAACUCUGCCCUCACUCACCCGUGUCAACACCACUUGCACAUCUCUGCCCUCCGCCCACUCCUGGCUAACCCUUUAUCCAACUCCACCCAGACCCAAUUACGUUCACACAUUUCUUUGCCCUGACUUACCCAUGAUUCUCCAGGCCACUGGGUGAGGCAGAGAAGGGACGCUGCCACCCUCUUGGGCUUUGGAUCUUAAGAGUCGACCAGAUGUCGGGAGAUGGGCAUGAGCUGAUGACCUUGGUGUGAACCUCCAGGAGCUCAGACCAAUCCCUCCUGUUAUAGAGCAAGGCAUCUGUACCUGUGCUGGUGCCAUGGAGCUGCUGGGCCUCAUCCUGCUGCUGGCAUCUGCAGCCGCAGAUCAGGACAGUGUAGACCGGAUCAUCAAUGGGUACCCCUGCGUCCUCAACUCCCGGCCCUGGCAGGCCUAUGUCACUGGCAUUGUGAGCUGUGGCGGGACCCUGGUGAGCCCGUCCUGGGUGCUGACGGCUGCACACUGCAAUGUGGGGGAGCUGACUGUGGUCCUGGGGAAGUACAGGCUGCGGCAGUCGGGGGCCAUGGAGCAGAAGUUCAACGUGACCCGCGUGGUCCCCCACCCCUGCUACAACAAGAAGACCCUGGACAAUGACAUCAUGUUGCUGCAGCUGUCAGGCCCUGUGGCCCGCAGCAAGCGUGUGUGGCCCGUGACCCUGCCCCGGAGCUGCCCGAACCCCGGGGAGUCCUGCAUCGUGUCUGGCUGGGGCACCACACGCAGCCCUGGAGUCAGGUUUCCCACGGUCCUGCACUGUGCCGAGAUCCAGAUCCUGCCCAACAGGAGCUGUCACGAGUCCUACCCCCAGCUCUUCACUAGCAACAUGAUCUGUGCCGGCAUGCCGGGACGUCGCAUUGACUCCUGCCAGGGUGACUCAGGAGGCCCCCUCACAUGUGACGACGUCCUUCAGGGCAUCGUAUCCUGGGGCCCGAUGGUGUGCGGGCAGCCCCAACACCCCGGGGUCUACACCCGGGUCUGCAAUUACCUACCCUGGAUCCGGAGCAUCAUUGGGAAUAACUAGCAUUAAAUCCACAACUCCCUUGCCUCCACUGCCCUGACGGUGCCCCUCACGCCUGACUGCAGCCCCCUCACCUUGGUUUCCUCCUGACCUGCAGACCUCUACCCUGCCCCCCACCAAAAACUUCCUGCCUCUGAGAUCCAGUCCUUUCUCGCUGAAUCCCUUCGAUCUCUCAUUGCCUUGGGAAUAAAAGGUUAGAU